AUGAGGGACCUGGGCCACGUCUGUCUGAGAUGUCGUGCUCAGCUCCUCGUCGCGACUCAAGCCGCCCGCCGUCCGGUAACUUCCCGCCAGCCACCAUCGCAGUCGCCAUCAUGUCGGUCCACCUACAGCUACACCACUGCAGCCCCCAAUAACGCCGCCCAAGCCCAUCAAGAGGUCGGAUCCCAUGCGCAGUCACAGCAACAGAGGCAGACGGCGACGCAACAUAGAAGGGAUGGAGCAUGGAAGGCACCUACUACCAAGAGCAGGUCCAACCGCAGCCAUGCUUCUGCUCAUCCGUCGGACAGCGACGGCGAGGGUUCUCAACUGGUAGCCAUGUUCAACGACAUAGUCCACGAUGUGCCUCGGCCAAGCGACAUCACCAUUUCCGAUAUUGAUCUGUUGGCCUUGGGGGGCCGCAUGGACGCCAAGAUCAAAGACAACAACUCGUCGUGCGCCGACGCUUUCAAGUUCUUCAAGAAAGAAAUCUACCCCUUGAUCAAGGCCAUCUCGGCAAUACCAACUCGCAAAAUCCCGAAACCCGUCUUGCGCUCCAUACACGACCUGCUGCUGCCUCGCAUUUUGAUCGAAAAGACGGGAAACGUCCACGCGCCCGAGCUCCCAUUGACGGCCCAUAUCACCGAAAUCAUGCUCGAACUCGAUGCCUUCGAUCCUAUAUACUGGUCGCCUCUCAUCAUUGAGAUGAUCGAGUCGGUCUACCGCAUCAACCCAUCUCCUGAUCGUUACACCAAAAUCAACGAGUACGAAAGUGCAAUGGCUCGCCGUGAUCUCGUCCUCUUCGAUCUGGCCGCAACGUGGAAACACUUUACCAAGCAUCGGUUGCCUCGCACCAUCGUAAAAGACCUCCGACCGGCGAGUGUGUCGAAAGCACAUGUGAAAGGGCACACUAAAGAGAAAUUCUCGGAAGGAUUCAGGGGCCUCGAACGUGUAAUGCACAACACGCUGGGCAGUCAUGGAAGUAGCGAGAAUGCGCUUCAUAUAUCGACCUGGGCUGCUUUUGGCUCAUAUACUUUACUUACCGAUCCCGUCAGGUGCUCACGUUUAGCUGCCAAAGAAGCAGGACCCUUUUUGGAGGUCAUGGGCAAGAUAUUGGCCGUGGUUACGACACUAAAACCUACCGACUUUGAUCCGGUUUUGAGACGAUACCCCAUGUUACACGCAUACAUCAAGACACAAACACACCUGGGUUCUUUUCUGACAAACACCCCAAACCGCUCUGCUCGGCAGGUACAUCCGAUACUUCAAAUCAAGGGGACCGUUGAACAGGCUAUACUCAAGAAAAACUUGGGACUGUUAUAUUCAGCUUGGCUUCAGCUUUGGGGUGAAGAAGAGGCACCAGAUCCGUCCAAGCUGCCGUCCUAUCGUGAAAACGCAAGGAUAUUUGAUAAAUUUAUAUAUGGCUUCAUGGCGUUGCGGCGGCCCCAAAUGUCCAUCGAUGUCUGGAACAAAAUGGAAAAGGCUGGCAUAAGCCCUACUAUUGAGACUUGGACCUCCAUGCUUCAAGGUGCUGUCAUGUCCCACAACGCUCGUGCUAUCAAGACCAUCUGGGACAGACUGAUAGCCUCCGAAACACAGCUGGAUUCGAUCGUGUGGACGGCGAGGAUAAGCGGGCUAAUCAAUAACGGAGCCGUUGCCGAGGGGCUUAAGGCGCUGGACGAGAUGGCCGACAAGUGGAAAAACCAAGUCAAGUACCCCAAGCAAGCCGUCAAGCCAACCAUCGAGCCCGUCAACGCCGCCGCCGUCGCCCUCAUCCGACUUGAGCGGGACGACCUCGCCGCCGACGUGCUCCGCUGGGCGGCCAAACAGGGCAUCCGCCCCAACAUUUACACCUUCAACACACUCCUGCAACGUCUGGUGCGCACCAACAAGGUUGACGAGACCGUCGCCCUCCUUGAGAGCAUGAAACAGGCCAAGAUCGAGCCCGACGGCGCCACCUUCACCAUCUUGCUUGAAAAGGCGCUCAAAAACCUGCACCGGCAGACGCCCGAGGAGAUCACAUCGACGGUCAGCGACGUGAUGCGCAUGAUGGAAAGUUCCGGCGUCAUGGAGAACAUGAUGGUCUACGCCAAGGCCAUCUACCUCUUGCUCCAAGAAGGCGACCGGGCCACGACAGCCGUCAACGCCGUGCUCGCGCACAUUUGGUCCCAAGGGCUCGAGCUCACGUCGCACAUCUACACCAUGCUCGCCGAGCACUAUUUCGGGCGCGACCCGCCCGACACCAAGGCCGUGACGGCCCUGAUCGACAACCGCCGCCUGCACCUGAACGAAAACAUUGACCACAUCUUUUGGGAGCGCGUCAUCAAGGGCUAUAGCCGGGCCAACGACGCCGUCAAGGCCGAGGAGAUCUUUUGGAAGGUGUUCAAUGCCGGCAUGACCGAGCUAACCAUGGACGCCAUGUUUGAGUUGCUGGCGGCCAUGAUGCGCCACCAGGGCAUGCUGGAGAGCGCGGCCAAGCUGGUGGCGGCGCUGAACCCCAUCAAGGUCGCCGUCACGCCCGAUCAGGUGCUGGCGAGCAGGGACGUGGAGGAGCCGGCGGAGCGGGAGGCGAGGCAUGCGCGGAUGAAGAAUGAGCGGUUCUGGAAGCACCGGUUCUGGCAUUUGGCGUACAAGGGCGGGUUGAUGUCGGAUGAUUUGCUGGAAGCGUUUGAGAAGGCGCAUGAGGAUCCGAGGGAGUGGGGGGUGGAAGGAGAUGAGUGAGUGAGUGGGCAGUGGUGUGUGGGGGUAUGUGUGUAUGUGUGUAAUGUUUACUGUGUAUGAUGUGUGUGUGUAUACAUAUUGUAUAAC